GUCCCAAACACACACACACACACACUCAGCCUUGUCCGUGACCCUGCCUCAAAUAUUACAUUUUAAAGGGCUAAAAUCCUUUUCGAUGGCAAUCCGAAUAGUUGAGCUCGUCAUCAUUGCCAGGACAACAUUGUUUGUCCUCUCUGUAGAUCUUUACGAAUCAUGGAGAUGGUGAUGAUAUGUGCGGGUGUUCAUGUGCGUGUUUGCGUGUGUCGGUGCGUGUGCGAGCGCGCUCCCGUGUGCCCCUCGACCUUUCAAUCCUCUCCUCUUUUAUCUAGCUCUCUAGCUCCUUUCCAGCACUCUACUCACCCUCUCUACCUGUCACCAAUGUUAGGGGUAUUAAUUUUUAUUCGAAACUUUCUAUGAGAAAGUGGGGAAAGCAAAUCGAGCCAUUCAAGCAAGGCCGUGGCGGGGCAAUCGUUUAAUUGAAGAUACCGAAGCAUAAACCGAACUAGAAGCAGGAGCAAACUGGAUAAAUCGGAAAGAGGGGAACCGGGAGAAUGUGGGUGUUGUUCAGUAAAUCGCGAAUGUAGCACAUUAAGAAUCAAAUUAUAGUUAAAACUACUUAAGAAGAAGAACAACGUAGAAAUGAAAAACAAAGAAAACAACCUUUUGAAUCCAAUGCAACCAACUAAGAAUCUGAAGUAAAUCACAAAAACCACAACUGUUUACGGGGAUGGGGAUAAUUGGGGUUACUGCUGCGAAAAAGCGGGGAGGGAGGUCGAGAGAGAGAGAGAGUAACAAAUACGGUGGAACUUGUGGUUUGAGAGGGGGGGGGGGGGGAAGAAGGGAAAGACAUCGGAGAACGCGCGCGCGCGCGCGUGAGAGAGAGAGAGAGAGAGAUAAUCAAUAGACGAUCAAAUCGUAGUAGAGGUGCAACGUAUCACAUUAAGUAGAACAAGAACCUAAACCAAACGCCAGACCAGUGAUCAGCCGCCUCCAUCAGAUAACCUGCUGUUCCCUGAGGCGAGAUGUCUGAGGGGCGGCCGUUCGAUUGUUGGUGAGUUUUUUUUAUCUUUUUCGCAAGCAGUAGGCGAAUUUACGUCGUGUAUCGCUAAACAAUUUGGCCACCUCAGGUUGAUGCGGUCCUGUGCAGGAAGGGUUUUGGGGCAAGGCCGGGCAGGAUUAUAUUGCGCUAACAUGUUUGAGGACUUUCUCUUUCUCUUUCUCUCUCUCUCUCUCUCUCUCUCUCUCUCUCUUUCUAUUUCGCUGUGAGCACUGUGCUUAUGCGAGUAAUAGUAGCAGAAGCAGCAGUGUAUUGAAAGUGUUACGUUAGACAGAUUGAUCAAACGAAAAAUCUCAUCAAGAAACAGUAAACGAAAUUGGAAUGCACUCGAUGAAAGAUUGCAUGUGCAUUGGGUUCGAAGGCACAGGGAAUGGGAAUGGGACCUCUGCAAAAUCACACCCACCCACAUACGCACACAAGCACGCACACACGCACGCACGGACACACGAAACUGCUAACAUACAAAAGGUGAUGGGGUGCAAAAAUGUGUCUAUAGCAUCUAGGUGCUUCGUCUGCGCCACAGGGAAACCGUGGGUCACAAGCUAAAGAUAAGAAGAGGUAGUAGCCGCAGCAGCUCCACGCAAAUAGGAAAGUUAGUAGCUAGCGAGGAAGGAAUCAGCAUCAGCGAGCAGGAUGUCGUAGAGUCCGUAGUAUCCCAAACCCAAACAAAACUGUUGCUCGAAGGAGACGCAUUUUUCCUCGCAGUCACGUUUUUCUCCUCGAGAACACCACUGUGUUUUUCUGAAUGAAUGGUAUAUUUGUGUCUGCGUAUGUGUGCGUGUGUGCGUGUGCGCGUGUGUGCGCGUAUGUGUGAGUUUGCGCGUAAACUUGCGUGUUAUACUUUAGUGUGACAUCAUAAUAGGGGCCGACGAUGAACCGCGAAAGUGUGUGUAGCCUGAAAAGAAAGGGCCAAAGUCGAAAAAGGCCGUUGACAAAAGGGACUGGCGAAUUAGCUAAGAAAUAUAUCACCCUUAAUUAUCGAUAACAAAUACAAAGCAAAAAACAAAAAAAAAACAAAGCGUAAGAAAGAAUUUCAACGAAAAUUUCAAAUAAACAGCGAUACACAGCG